GUAAAAACGAAAGAAAACAAAUGUUGGGAGGUUGAAAGAAAUCCGUGUCCAGUCUCCACCUCUCCGGUGUUAUGAAUCCACCGGCGUGGUGUUGAGGUUCUUCACAAAACCCUUCGAAACCACCUUCUCCCCCUUUAUCUCCUCUCAAAUCCCUCUCUCCACUGCGCCUAGGGCUACCAUGGCUCAUGGUGGCUACGGCAAGCGCAGGGUCAACCCCGCCGCCCGCCGAUCCAAGGCUUUGGCGGUGGACAAGAAGCCCAAGUCCGUUUCCCUCAAGAACCAGAUUCGAUCUGCUGAGCGCAUGCUUCGCAAGAUUUUACCUGCUGAUGUGAGGGAGGCUCAAGAAAAGAAGUUGGAAGGACUUAGAAAACAGCAAGAAAUUCAGUCCCGGUUGGCUGUUGAGCGCAAAAUAUUCUUGCGAGAUAGGAAGAUAAAAUUUUUUGAGAGGAGAAAAAUUGAAAGAAGAAUUAGACGACUUGAAAAACUGCAACGUGCUCCAUCUGGCCAGUUGCAAGAUUCAGAUAUUGCAGAUCAAUUGUCUAAGUUGAAAGAGGAUCUCGAAUAUGUCAGGUUCUUUCCCAAAACAGAAAAAUAUGUAGCUUUAUUUACUGGAGGUGAUGAUUCAGACAUGGUUGAUAGGAGGAAUAAGUUGCGCAAGCAGAUUAAAGACAAUCUGAUUGCUGCUGCAGCCAGUGGAAAGGAUUUAGAAGAGACUGGUAGUGAGGAUGAUGGAUUACUUGACCUGAGUGAGGAUGAUUUCUUCUUAUCUGGUAGCUCAAGUGAUGAAGCAGAUGCAGAUGAUGAAUGGACUGAUAAAAGUACAAGGGAACAGGCGUCCAGUACUUCUGGCAAAGCAGCAUCUGGCAUGUCCAGUGAUGAAAGAAAUCAGAGGCAGAUUUCUGCUAGAGCCUUAAUGCCGCCGCCUCGUCCAACCAAAUCAUUCCCGAGUUCCGCUCAAGCUCGGUUAAAAACUGGAUCUUCAUUGAGAAAAUUUUCAACAGAUCAGAGGGCUGAGGUUUCUACAUCCAGCAAUACAUCAAGUGGUAGAAGUGGAUCCUCUUUUAAGCCUAGGGGAUCCUCAAACUCCUCGCAUACAGGUCAGAGCAGUAAUAUUAGUUCCAAUUCCGAUGCUCACAAACCCCGAAGAAAGAGGAGGCCAAAGAAGAAGAAACAUCAGGCAUGAUAGAUUGGCCUCGUCGCCCUGUAACCUUCAUUACAAGCCUAAACAUGACUUCUGAAGCGGUUUCAAUGACUUUUAUGGCGAUUUGCUGCACAAUAUACUAGGAGCUUGAGAAAUCAUUUCAUUUAGUUCUGAAAUGAUUUAAUGAUCUUUUAAUAUCAUGUUCUCCCUUUUUUUUUUCCUUUCUAAAUCAUCAGAUAAUUCAUAGGUUUUGGGUUGUUUCUUUCCUUUCUAUACAGUUUAAACUUGUAUUUGGAACUUGAAUCUCUUAUAUACCAUGCUUCUUGUGUGGCCUUUGUCAACAGUUUAUUUAGCAACACACUAGUUUAACA